AAGAUGUUCAUCGGCGGCUUGAAUUGGGAGACGACCGAGCAGUCAUUGAAGGACUACUUCACUCAAUUUGGCGAGGUCAGUGAAUGCACUGUUAUGCGAGAUAGCGCGACAGGACGGUCUCGAGGCUUCGGGUUCUUGACAUUCAAAGACCCCAAAUGUGUCAACACCGUCAUGGUCAAGGAGCAUUACCUGGAUGGCAAGAUUAUUGACCCUAAGCGGGCUAUUCCCCGUGAAGAGCAGGAGCGUACUAGCAAGAUCUUCGUGGGUGGAGUUAGUCAAGAAGCGACAGAAGAGGAUUUCAAGAAUUUCUUCAAACAAUUCGGCCGUGUUGUAGAUGCUACUCUCAUGAUGGACAAAGAUACCGGCAGACCGCGUGGCUUCGGCUUCGUUACCUUCGACGGUGACGCUGCUGUCGACGCGUGUCUCCAGGGUCCUCUCCAGAUCCUCGGCAAGCCAAUCGAAGUUAAGCGCGCUCAGCCCCGA